AUGUAUAAAAAAGCUUUAUAUAUACGAAUGAUAAGAAACUCUUAUCAAUUGGCAGUUUCACAUGGAAAGUUUCCACAUGUUAAAGAUCCUAUUAAUAGUAUCAAAUUGAUUAAUAAUAAGCCAUCAUUUAUAAAUCAAAUACGUUAUGCCUCUGGAAUAUCUAAAGAAGAAGUUAGUAGUAAAAUUCAAACCAUUAUUUGUGCAAAUAUCAGUCCUUUAAAUCCAAUGAAAAAUUCAAAUUACCAUUCAUAUAUUAAUCAUGGAGUAAUUAAUGUGGAUGCAUUAUCAUUUAAAUUAAAUCUACCCUAUUUAUAUGAAGUCAUAUAUUUAAGUGGAUAA